UUCCGGGUGAGGGGUGAACGCAUGUGGACCGCGAGGAGACCGGCUUUUAAACCCAUCACCCCUCCAUUAAAACAACAGCUGAAAGACGCCGCAAUCUCCUGUCUGACUGUAGGAUGGGCGAGUUCGUGCUCCAUCGGGUCCGCUUCUUUAACUACGUUCCGAGCGGGAUCCGCGCUCUGGCCCAGUCCGGGAGCGGGGAGCGCCUGGCCCUGGCUCGGCAGGACGGGAGCCUGGAAAUCUUCCGCUUCAGCUGGAACCAUAGCCAGGAAAAGGUGAUUGCAGGAAAUGACAAUCGGUCCAUCGAAGCAAUCAGCUGGAUUGGUGAUAAUCGACUUCUGAGUAUUGGAUUGAAUGGAGAAAUCAUUGAGUUUGACUUACAGAGACUAUGUCCGAAGUUCAGGCUGGAUGCUUUUGGAGGUCCUCUUUGGUGCAUGAGCUGUAACUGUGAGGAGACUUAUCUGGCGGUUGGAUGUGAAGAUGGCUCAGUCAAAUUAUUUGAAAUUCUUCCAGAAAAACUUCAGUUUGAGAGAAAUCUAGAUCGUCAAAAAGGUCGUGUACUUUCUUUGGCUUGGCAUAAGUCAGGUACAAUGAUUGCAACAGGGUCACUGGAUGUUAUCCGAGUUCUAGAUGUGAAGUCUGGUCACUGCACACGUCAUAUUUUUGUUGAUCGUGGUGAAGUAGUUUCACACAGGCGAGAAUGUGUGGUAUGGAGUCUCUGUUUUCUCAGCAAUUACUCCAUCGUGAGUGCAGAUUCAGCAGGGAAAGUACAGUUCUGGGACUGGCAGACAGGAACUCUGCUGAAAACACAUCCGGUCACUAAAUGUGACGUGCUAACACUUUCAGUGAACCAGACUGAAGACAGCAUUGUUGCUGGAACCUCUGAGGGAACUGUUGUCCAAUUUCAGCUGAUUGCAGUAAAGUCAGGAGCUGUUGAUACUCAAUGGGUUCGUACGAAGACUUUUAAACAUCAUUCCCAUGAUGUGAGGGCUGUCAUUCAUACCAAGUCUGCGCUUAUCUCGGGUGGUUUGGAUGCCCAGCUUGUCAUUCGUCCCCUGAUGGACCGUGUGGAAACCAAGUCAUAUGAAGCUGCUCUCCGCAAAAUCCUCUUCCCACAUCGAAACCUCGUUUAUUGCAGCCGGAAGGCAAAUCUACUCCUGUUUCAGUUCCCAGACCAGCUCGAGUUGUGGCGAUUGGGCAGUCCAGGGAGUUCAGGAAUUCCUGGAGAUAGCCUUCCAAUCAGCAAAAAGCCAGAGAAACUAUUGCAAUUAAAGAACAAGGGUUGUGAUCACAUUCGGUGCUGUGCACUGUCUCCAUGUGGAACCUGGAUUGCUUUCUCAAACAUUUGCAGAGUCCGUCUCUAUCAAGUACAGUAUGAAAAUGACAGUGUCACAAUUCAUGCGGCUUCACAAUUUCUGAAGGUGCAGCAGCCAGCUCAUCAGUUGCUGUUCUCUGCCGAUUCCACCAAACUGUUUGUUGCCUUAGAUCAUAGUCAUAUCCAGGUUGUGGAUCUGGUGAUGCUUAAUUCCAAGCAUGGACACAUUCUUACGCCUAAGUCUGAUUCCCUCGAACCUGUCUACCUGUUGGCAGCAAGUGCUGAUGGCAACUGGCUGGCAGCUGCAAAUUAUGACUGUGAAAUCAAUAUCUAUAAUUUGAAGCAACUAAAGAAUCACUGCACAGUUCCAGUCUAUAAUCAUCUCCCUACUGCUAUUGCCAUUAAUCCACAUACCAACAAUCUGAUCAUUGUCCACACAGAUCACCAGAUUUUUGAAUUCAGCAUCAGUGAGAAAAAGUACACUGAGUGGAGUCGUGCAUUGCAGCAACAGGGAUUGCACCAACACUGGCUUGAACGGGAUACGCCUGUCACACACGUGACCUUUAACCCUAAACUGACCACACAGAUUAUCCUUCAUGAUACAUACAUGUUCUGUAUCAUUGACCAGUUGUUGCGUCUUCCAAAUGAACAAUCAAAUCUUCAUAACCAAUCGAUCCUGAAACGUCUCUCUGAAAAAGCCCGCAAAGCUGAGGAACAUGCAUUCAAAAUUUGUAAGAAAUUCAAGCCUCUAAUGCACGUUGAACUUCUGUUUGAUGGUUGCCUUGUGGUGGUGGAACGUCCUGUUAUGGAGAUCAAUAUGCAAUUACCUGCACCAGUCCGACAGAGGAAAUUUGCCACGUAAAUAAAUCCAGUUGCUGCCGGUUCCCUUUUGUUUUUUUCUAAGAUCUUCCAGAUUGCUCCCUAAACGUUUCAUUGGAGUUACAAACCUGUAAUAUUUUAUUUGAAAUAAAUACUGUGUUAAACUCUAACAA